AUGGCAGUGACUCGUAAAGAUUCGGACAACGCCUCCGAGACUGCUUCGGAAAACGCCGUCGACACUCCCGUCACCGAUGCAUCUCAGAAAGCCGACAACGAUUCCAAGGAGGUCGACAGUGACAAUGACUCCAAGGAAGGCGACGGUGACUCCAAGGCAGCAGAAAAAAUCAUCAUCGGCAUGGUAGCUGAAACCAAGGACGUGUUCGCCAAAUUUGAUGCCGAUGGAAACCGAUCCUGGUCCGACAAGCCACCCUCGGACCUUGAAGAAGCGCCGGAGAAUGAGACGACGAAAAAAUAUGCAAUCAUUGUCCGGAAGAAAAAGCCGAGGCGAGCGAGCUCUACCAAGCCGCUCGAGAUAGACAGUCUCAUCAUCCAGUCGCCGCUGCUGAAACGCGCCCUCGGCGACAUCAUGCAGGACUAUCCCGGAAUCACCACCGACGUUGCGAGACUCAAGUUCUACGCACCGUUCGAGUGCUUCGUCCAUCGCUGGGAAGAGUUUGAAGAAGCCGUCGCCGACGAGGAUCGCGACGCCACAACCCGCGAGCACCUGCAGCUGCUCCAUGCCAUCCUCACCGACGAGCUCGGCGCGACGAUCCAGCUGCGCCAGGACUACUUCAAGAACAAGGCCGUCGACUUUGAGCACUGCUGGUUCCUCUUCACGCCCGGCUGCACCGUCCUGACUGAGCUGCACGGCCAGCCCAUGGCCGCCCGCUUCGACAGCGGAAACUACAUGGAGACCGCGUGCGGCAAGUUUUACUCCGUCACCUGCUCCUACAUUGACUGGGAUGGCGCGCAGGUCGGCUGGGUCGAGAAGGAGGCCCGCAUCCCCCAGUUUCUCGGCACCACGCCCUUCUCCAAGCUGAGCUGCUACCCGCUCGAGCACCACCCGCAACGCGCGGCCGUCGAGGAGCAGCUGCGCGGCCGCGGCCGCCGCUGGGAGGCCCUCCGCGGCUUCCACUACAAGGCGUACAGCGGCGUCGCGCUGUACUCGCCGGACCAGAAGGCGCUGACGCGCGAGCGGGUGACGUGCCGCGUCGUGAUUGACGGCGCGCGCUGGGACGACGCCAACCCCAGCUUUUCCUUUUAUAUCAGUGAGACGAUUCAUGAGGCGGACCAGGCCCAGGCCGACUAUGUCAUGCCGUCGCUCAACCACUUCCACGUGCUGCUCGCCUCACCCGUGGUCCGCGGCUACGCGCUGAAGAACAAGCGCUGGAUGCAGUUCUUCGUCGACGGCAUGAGCGAGAUCGAGUUCCAGCAGGGCGCAUUCGACUCGCUGGUGCUCUCCGAGGAGCGCAAGCGGCUGAUCCUCGCGUUCGCGGAGAGCCAGGCGCGGCACCGCGACUCCUUCGAUGACGUGGUCCACGGGAAGGGCCGGGGCGUCAUCAUGCUGCUCGCCGGCGGGCCCGGCAUCGGCAAGACGCUGACGGCGGAGGUGGUCGCGGAGCAGAUGCGCGUGCCGCUGUACGCGAUGAGCGCCGGCGACCUCGGCAGCUCGUCGUACGACGUCGACGAGAACCUGACCAAGCUGAUGGGCAUGGUCAGCAACUGGAACGCGGUGCUGCUGCUGGACGAGUGCGACGUGUUCCUGGAGGCGCGCAGCUCCGCGGACCUGGAGCGCAACCGCAUCGUGUCCAUCUUCCUCAGGACGCUCGAGUACUACGAGGGCAUCCUGUUUCUAACGACGAACCGCGUGGCGGACAUGGACGCGGCGUUUGCGAGCCGCGUCCACCUUACGCUCGAGUAUCCGGACCUGGACAAGGCGGCGCGGCGGGCCAUCUGGGGCACGUUCCUGGGGCGCGCGGGGGCGACGGGCGUGGGCGAUGAGGCGCUGGAGGUGCUGAGUGAGAUCAGCCUGAACGGAAGGCAGAUCAAGAACAUCAUGAAGAUGGCGCAGCUGCUGGCGAUGCAGACGGGAUCUGGUGAUGGUGUGGCGUUUGUGCAUGUGCAGACGGUGCUGAGGAUUCAGGGCUAUAAGAUCCCGGAGAAAUAG